CUAUUUCUUUGUAGCUGAGUUGUAUUGGCGAUCAUGUCCGGCAGAGGCAAACAAGGCGGCAAGGUUCGGGCUAAGGCCAAGACCCGCUCAUCCCGGGCUGGGCUGCAGUUCCCAGUUGGCCGUGUUCACCGCUUGCUGAGGAAAGGCAAUUAUGCCGAGCGGGUGGGAGCCGGAGCUCCGGUCUAUCUGGCCGCAGUACUCGAGUACCUGACCGCUGAGAUCCUGGAGUUGGCCGGGAACGCUGCCCGGGAUAACAAGAAGACCCGCAUCAUCCCCAGGCACCUGCAGCUCGCUGUGCGCAACGAUGAGGAGCUGAACAAACUGCUCGGAGGGGUGACUAUCGCUCAGGGCGGGGUCCUGCCCAACAUCCAGUCCGUGCUGCUGCCCAAGAAAGCCGAGAGCUCCAAGCCGGCCAAGGGCAAGUAACGCUCCGAACGAUGAACUCUAAGCAUCAAAUAACCCAAAGGCUCUUCUCAGAGCCACUCACAUUAUCUAAACACGGCUGUGUGACACAUACGGGUAAAUCUGACUGCUGAUCCGCUCAUAAACCCAAAGGCUCCUCUCAGAGCAGGGCAAGGGGGGUGAUUAUCCCGGGCAGACUGAUACAGUCGCACUGCCGGUAACAGGGAGGGACACAAUGUUGCUGUUUGGGGGUUCAAUAAACCUCAUAACGGGAGCUGCAAUUGAUUUCUGAGUUGGUGAAAUAAUGUAUCGGGGUAAAGGGAUCUGAGUGUCCCCCAACUUCUCCUUAUUCUCUGAUCCCAGGGGAGUCGGAUGUUACAGGGAACUGAUUUUGAGGGGAUUUCUGAAUUUGUAAUUUUUAUGAUUUGGGGCUCAGAUUAUAUACAGGGAAUAUGAAUGUGAUUCCCACAGAUUAGUGGGAACAUUCAACAAAUAAGUUUUGUGGUUUUGAUUGUGUUUCCAGUUACUGUAUAUAGUCCCUAGUGC